AUGGGGCAGGAAUAUGGAUUCCCAGAGCGCACGCUUGGGGAAAGCUUGGAAGAUCUCAGUCUGGACUUGGAGGCCCUUCAGGGCAGCGAGUACCUGAAGGACCUGGGCUUUGGGCUUCCUCCCCAUGGCCAGCCCGAGGGGGAGGCGCAGGACCCCACGCCCGUCGCUGAGACACCGGGAGGAGCGAAGCCCCGUUCCAACUCGACCGGCUCUCAGGGCGUGCAGCGGAGGCGGAGCUGGGAGAGACCCCGGAGCUGCUCCUCGGAGACAAAGAGAAGGCUCAGCCUAGAUGCUUCCGCCACAAGUCUGGAGCCCCCGCUGCUGGAAUGUGUGGAGAAGGACCACGUGGAGCCCGACCAUGUGCUGAUGGUCCAGCAGGUACUGCAAGAACUGCGACAGUUCCACGGCGUCCGGCAGAGGGCCCACUUGUCAGCCAGUCCUGGAGGGACCCACUCCAACCUCACCUGGUUUGAGUUCCUGUCCGAGACAGAGGAUGGCGCUGGCAAGGCCGAGAGGAUCCCCCGGGGAGUCGGGGUGAAACGCAGGCUGAGCUGCCUCCGCAGCCGAGUCACCAGGCAGAAGGAGAAGGGGAAGAGCCCGGGCGUGCCCAAGGACAAGGGCCAGGACAUCAGGGAGAGGAGAGAAAGUGUCAGCCAGUCCUCCCCGAGCACCGGAGUCUUGGCGGAUGAAGAGUCCGGACCCCACGCCGUGAUGGAGAGCCACCGGCUGGCCCUGCGCCCGGAAUGUUCCUCCACCUCCUUCCCUCUUCCUCCGGGGUGA